GCCACCUGGAGCCUCUCUCGAUGCUGACAUGGUGACACUGUGCAGGCAGGCCACAGGCAGCCACAGCCAGACUGGAACUCUGAGCUACAGAUUGGCUCACAGAGACUAAUCCAAAACUGCCCUUGGGAAAGAGUCCCCCAAGGAGCCCCCAUAACCUCAUGCUGGAGGCAAGAGUGGACAUGCUGGCCUCCAACAUGCUCAUCAGUGGCCCAGCUGCAGACCUCGGUGCUAAAGAGGCCAGCAGGCCCUCGAAGAAGCAGCUUGGCAGUGUCCAGAACACUGGGCUAUCUGCCCGAGUCCGAGCCCAGCCCCAGCCCCUCAGCAUAAAGGACAAGAUAUCCAAGUGGGAAGGCAAAAAGGAGCCACCUGCUCCUGAGCCUGCCAGGCAAACAGAUGGCCAAGAGAACUACUUGCCACCCUGCGGGGUAGAGACGAGAGGCGGCGAGGUCACCAGAACUAAGAACGGAAUGAGGCUUGAAACAGAGAGCUUGGGAAAUGACAGCAGAAAGACAGCAAGAUCCGUGUGUCAGGACACGGGUCGGUGGCCAGUCCCACAGCAGAGCAAUGGACAGCCAGAGUCCAGCCAGCACCGAGGUCUCGAGCUGAAACCCAGUGACCUACGCUUUCAGAGUGACCAUCUCUCCGUGCUGAAACAGGUCAAGAGACUGGAGAAGGCCUUGAAGGAUGGCUCUGCUGGCUUGGAUCCCCAACUGCCUGGGACUUGUUAUUCCCCCCACUGUCUGCCUGACAAAACAGAGGAGGACCAACCCACCCCCGAGAGCCAUGGAAAUGGGGGUGCCUUAGCAGCUGGCCGGAGGGCCCACCACUUGGAGGGCAACGAGCCAGGCCCUGAGGUUUCAGAGGAUUGGAAAGGCCAGGAGAGUGUGUACAGGGGCUCCAGGCGGUGCCCCCCAAAGCCUUUCAUCAACCCCCUUCCCAAGCCCCGCAGAACGUUCAAACAUGCUGGAGAAGGGGACAAGGACGCGAGCCUGGGCAUGAACUUCAGAAAAGAGAAGAGAACCCUGCCUCCCCUGCCCUCUUUGCCUCCCCCUUCUCCUCCCCCUCCCCCACCGCUGCCCUCCUCUCCCCCUCCCACUUCUGUGAAUAGAAGACUCUGGACCGGGAGGCAGAGACCCAGUGCUGACCACAGAAAGUCCUAUGAGUUUGAAGACUUACUGCAGUCUUCUUCUGAGAACAGCAGGGUGGACUGGUAUGCACAGACCAAGUUGGGACUCACACGCACUUUAUCGGAGGAGAACGUCUAUGAAGACAUUCUAGAUCCACCUAUGAAGGAAAAUCCUUAUGAGGACAUCGAGUUACACGGCCGCUGCCUAGGCAAAAAGUGUGUCUUGACUUUCCCUGGAUCUCCCGCCUCUUCCAUCCCGGACACUUCCACCAAGCAAUCCUUGGCCAAGUCUGCAUUUUUCCGGCAAAAUUCAGAGAGAAGAAACUUCAAACUGCUGGACACUAGGAAGCUGAGUCGGGAUGGAACUGGGUCCCCUGUGAGAGCCAGCCCUCCUUCUACCCCUAGCAGCCCGGAUGACACGUUCUUUAACCUUGGAGACCUACAGAAUGGCAGGAAGAAGAAAAAGAUCCCCAGGCUGGUAUUGCGGAUCAAUGCCAUCUAUGAGGCCCGGAGAGGAAAGAAAAGGGUGAAGAGGCUAUCUCAGUCCACAGAGAGCAACUCAGGAAAAGUGACAGAUGACAACAGCGAAUCUGACAGUGACACUGAGGAGAAGCUGAAAGCUCACAGCCGGCGCCUCGUCAAUGUGAAGUCACGCCUCAAGCAGGCCCCUCGGUACUCUUCACUUGACCGGGAUCUCAUUGAGUACCAGGAGAGGCAACUCUUCGAGUAUUUUGUGGUCGUGUCUCUGCACAAGAAGCAGGCAGGGGCUGCCUAUGUGCCAGAACUCACCCAGCAGUUUCCUCUGAAGUUGGAAAAGUCAUUCAAGUUCAUGAGAGAGGCCGAGGACCAACUGAAGGCUAUCCCGCAGUUCUGCUUCCCUGAUGCCAAGGACUGGGCUCCGGUCCAGGAGUUUACCAGUGAAACGUUCUCAUUUGUCUUAACUGGAGAAGACGGGAGCAGAAGGUUCGGUUAUUGCCGGAGACUGCUGCCUGGAGGCAAAGGGAAGCGACUUCCUGAAGUUUAUUGCAUUGUGAGCCGCCUGGGAUGCUUCAGCCUCUUUUCAAAGAUCUUGGACGAGGUGGAAAAGAGAAGAGGCAUCUCCCCUGCUCUGGUGCAGCCCCUCAUGAGGAGUGUCAUGGAAGCCCCCUUCCCAGCCCUGGGCAAAACCAUCAUUGUCAAGAACUUCCUGCCAGGCUCGGGGACUGAGGUGAUUGAGCUGUGCCGCCCACUGGACUCCCGGCUGGAGCACGUGGAUUUUGAGUCUCUAUUCUCCUCCCUCAGCGUCCGACACUUGGUCAGUGUUUUUGCCUCCCUGCUUCUGGAAAGGAGGGUCAUCUUCAUUGCAGACAAACUCAGCACGCUGUCCAAGUGCUGCCAUGCCAUGGUGGCGCUCAUCUAUCCCUUCAGCUGGCAGCACACCUACAUCCCCGUGUUGCCGCCUGCCAUGAUUGACAUAGUGUGCUCACCCACGCCCUUUCUCAUCGGGCUGCUCUCCAGCUCACUGCCACUGCUCAGGGAGCUGCCGCUGGAAGAGGUUCUUGUGGUCGAUCUCAUCAAUGAUCGGUUCCUCAGACAGAUGGAGGACGAGGAUUCCAUCCUGCCCCGGAAGCUUCAGGUAGCCCUGGAACACAUUCUGGAACAGAGGAACGACCUGGCCUGUGACCAGGACGGAGGCCCCCUGGACUGUGUGCAUGGCCCUGAGUCCAGCCCCUUGAAUGAAGUGGUGUCCGAAGCCUUUGUCCGAUUCUUUGUGGAGAUUGUGGGUCACUACCCCUUGUUCCUGACAUCGGGCGAGGAGAGGAGCCUACAGCGAGAGGCCUUCAGAAAAGCUGUCUCCUCUAAGAGCCUUCGGCGCUUCCUGGAGGUCUUCAUGGAGACCCAGACUUUCCGUGGUUUCAUCCAGGAACGGGAACUGCGCAGGCAGGAUGCCAAAGGUCUGUUUGAGGUCCGAGCCCAGGAGUACCUAGGAACCUUGCCCAUCGGAGAGCACAGCGGAGUGAAUAAGUUCCUCAAGGGUCUGGGCAACAAAAUGAAGUUUCUCCACAAGAAAUAGGCUUCAUCUUUGCUCAAGGAAAACGUCUUCCACUGGGACCAUACAUUUCUAGCAGAGUUCUGAAAAGCUGUAGGCUGUCCCCAACUCCUCCCAGGAUGGGGCCUGUGAGCUGGGCAGGUGGCAGACGCUCAGGACAGCCCUGGAAGGGACCUGCCAACAUGCAACUGUUGUUACUGUGCAUGGUUCUGGCAUCUUUAUAUCUUGGAUAUUAAAAGAGAAGAAGAAGAAGAAAGGUGUUUGGGUCUUCAUUCUGUCUUGCCAGGCCUAAGAAAAGUUUCUCCUGCCCCCUCUCUCCUUUUCUGGGUCAGCCUGUUGACAGCUGUGGAGCCAGGAGGAGGGAGCAGAUAGGAAGAGUAGCUGCCAUCCAAGUUAUCUUAAAGAGAUGUGGCUGCCAACCGCCCCAGUUCUUCCGGACUGGUCUAUGACGCCACCUGGUGGCAGAGACUUUGGACUUCACUGUUCCUGACUGGGGUUUUUUUUUGCCCCUUAGAAAGAAGUCACAUAGAACUGUUCUUGCCCAACAGCCUGUGGCGUUUAGGAACAUAUAAAAAAAGAAGAAACCUUGUUAAUUGUUAAUAAAAUGUUUUUGGGGUCCUGAAAUUUAUAUUUCCUGUGGCCUAACCCCACUGCUGUGAACCUAUUCCUCAUAGCCCACAUAGAUGAGAGGAGCUUCUGUAAUUGGUUCUCUUACUGAGAGGGAGGAACCUGAGGAGACCACAGUCACCUGGCCUGUGGGGGACAGUGAGAGUCUGCAAGUGUCCUGUGUGCAGCCCAGAAAGGUUCUCAGGCUGGCCUCAGGCUACCGCCCCUCCACUGCUGGGCCGCCAGCAGUGUCUGCCACUUCUGGAUCACCUGGCCUGGAGCGGGGUAGGACUGAUGGCGGUGGUGCGUGGCUGAGGCGCUAGGGGAGUAAGAAUGUGAGCAUGGGGGCUCACACAAGUGCCUCAGUUUAGUUAACUUUACUGACAGCAAUAUUCUAUGUGUUUUUAUAUUGCCCCUAAGUGGUCACUUUUAGUAUUUUGGAAUAUACAUUCUUUUCUAACUUAUUUUCUAUUAUGCUGUUUCACUUAAGAACUCCAAGUGAAUGAAUAAAUAAAUAAAUAUCUUUAUGAACAUUCCUAGUGAGUGUAUAACAUUCUAUUUUAUGAAUGUUUUUGUACUUGACGUAAGCAAAAACAAAAAUAAAUUUGGGGAUAUGUGCCAGA